UUGUUCGAUUUGUGCAAGGGGAGAGGAGAAUUAAAACAACUGAGGCGGGGUCACGCGAAAGGAUUGCGUAUCCUACAUAUCUUGUUGGCAAGCAGUCCGAGUCUCUUCCACUUAGUUUUUAAAGGGCGGGGGAGAACUUGGGUGUUGCCUAUUUGCGUCGACCUCGACAAAGAGUCUAGCGGCUAAAAAAAUCGGAUUCUUUUCAUUCAACAACCGCCUUCUCUCACCACCGAAAGGGAUCUGAAAACUUCAACCAUGGGAGUCGAAGGCUGCACUAAAUGUAUCAAAUACAUGCUUUUCUUCUUCAACUUCAUCUUCUGGCUCGCAGGAGGUGUGGUCCUGGGCGUGGCACUAUGGCUUCGACAUGAUGGCCACACCAGCAGCCUGCUAGAGUUGAAGUUUGACGGCCAACAAGCACCAACCACCUUCUUAAACAGUGUUCACAUCCUGAUCGCUGUUGGCGCUGUGAUGAUGGUUGUCGGGUUCCUCGGCUGCUAUGGUGCCAUUCAGGAGUCUCAGUGUCUUCUUGGAACAUUCUUUGCCUGCUUGGUGAUCCUGUUCGCUUGUGAGGUGGCAGCUGGAAUCUUUGGAUUCAUGCACAAAGAUUCGAUUUCCAAAGAGCUGAUUACCUUCUACGACAAUGUGUAUGACAACUCUCUAGCAAACACUUUAACAGACCAGGACAAGAAACAGGCUGCCGCUGCUGUGCUGAAGGUCUUCCAUGAGACGUUGGAUUGCUGUGGUAGGGGCAUCAGCAACCCGUUCACUACGUUAUUCACCCAAGGUUUGACAGACAUCUGCCCCAAGUCAGUCUCCGCUUCCACUUCAGACUGUCAUGUCAAAAUCAAGGAGCUCUUUAAUGAGAAGGUUUACCUGAUUGGCAUCGCUGCCCUGAUAGUUGCUAUUAUUAUGAUCUUUGAGAUGACCUUUAGCAUGGUCCUGUGCUGUGGGAUCCGCAACAGCCCGGUGUACUAAAGUCCAGGGGGAAGGAGCAAGGGCUAGUGACCUCUGGAGACACUAGCCAAUGACUGAAGGAAAAUAUUUAUCUUCCUUUAUUUGGUUUUAUAGCCUGUCACUUCCUCAAAUAGUUGCUUGCCAAUUUUGUCAGUUGUACAAGAUAAAAAAUGCAUCUUCUCACACAGUUUUUGAUAAUACAGUACCAACUAUUCUUGUCAGUCACAGAUAGCUGUUCAAUAUUUUGACUAAUGUUAGUCUGUACAAAAUGUUGAGGUUUACAUUGGCAUGGCAUUUACACACGCACACACACACACACACACACACACACGAGUACAGAUCCUGGAAUUAUUUUGUGGUAAUUGUGAAGUAUUUCUACUUUGCUGGAGUCCAAAACAUUGUAUUCUGUUGGUUUAUCAAUCUCUUUUCAAAUGAUUAUGUAUAAACUGUAUAUAUAUGCAGUGCUUUAUGACUGUCAAGCAUGGAUAUUGUAUUGAAUCCCUUCUCCCCAGAAUUUUCUGCACUAACUGCUUGUCUGCCUGAGUUUUCUCCAGAGAGAACAACCACUAAGAAACAGUGAAUGGAUACUAUUGAUUUUACUAUCCCGUUUAAAACCAAGAUAAUAGAGGUGAUAGUUUCCCCUGUGCUUUUAUAACAACUAGCAAUCUACGCGAUAAAGAGACCCCAUGCCUCCAAGCCUUAUGAGUCGAAUGUCCCAUCCUUCCCAACAACACCUUGUUCCUGUAAAACGACAUUGAAUGUCCUGUCCUUAACCUAUUGCUGUGUACUAUGCAUACCUACAGAAAUCUCACCUCUUAGGGUCCUGGGCUGGCGCAGCGGUCAAACGCACUGCACUGCAGUGCUGAGGCGCCACUACAGCCUGGGGUUCGAUCCCAGACUGUCACAACCGGCCGGGACUGGGAGCCCUAUAAGACGACGCAUAAUUGGCCCAGUGCCGUCCGGGGUAGGGGAAGGUUUGGCUGGUGGGGCUUUCCUUGGCUCAUCGUGCUCUAGCGACUCCUUGUGACAGGUCCGGGCGCCUGCAAGCUGACUACAGUCAUCAGUCGAACAGCGUUUCCUCCGACACAUUGGUGCGGCUGACAUCUGUGUUAAGAAGUAGGCAGCCAGGCGGGUCAUGUUUCGGAGGACGCAUGACUCAACCUUCGCCUCUCCCGAGCCCGUUGCAGAGAUGAGCCAAGGGACCUAAUACGGGGUAAAAAAUACGCUUGUGGCCAUACCACCCUGAACACGCCUGUUCAGGGUCGGGCCUGGUUAGUACUGGGAUGGGAGACCACCUGGGAAUACCAGGUGCCAUAAACUGAAAAAAAUAUUUAAGAACAAAAUAAGAAAUGUCACCUCUUCAGCCAUUCAGACUAAUCUAGUUUAUUUUCAAAGAAUCCUUUUUACGCCUGCUUGUUAUACUCUGACAGUCAAACGUCUUAUUAUGCUGGGACUUGCCGGACAAUGUUGUAUCUGUGCUGUAUGAUGAUACUGUAUAAUACCACUGACCAUGCAGUUGUGAGAGGUUGUGUUUGUGUGUCUGGAAGUCCAUUACUGUCUCGGACCAACCCACCACUAGGGGGCAGGCCUGUUGUGACGCUUCAUGGUAUUCAAUGGCUAUGGUUCCAAAGCCAGGGGGAGCUCUUGUCAUACAUUCUUGCUCCACUGUGAUUAUGGAGGCCUGCUCAACUACAAAGCACUUCUCGGCCAGUUCCAUUUCGAUCUUCAGCUUCCCUUCAGAGUUCACAGAUUUGAAUGUGGUCCAUUGGAGGUGCUAGGUGGAGCUAUCACCCUAUUAUCUACACCCAUCCAGUCCUUUCAGAUCUGUGAACACUGAAGGGGUAGGGUCUAGGGAUUGAAGUGGAACCAGGCCCUUAACAUUUACCUACAUACACACAUGAGCACUUAAACACUCACACAUACUCACACAUCAUUUGUAUAGUCCUACAUAAUAUACUGUAUGGCUUUCUAAGCCAACCAAAACCUAGUCUUGUUAACACAUAAUGCCUAUGCUGAUAUACGGUGAAGUGUCUUGUAACAUGUACAGCUAUAUAUUAUUGUACUAAUGACCAUGUAAAGACAAUGUAGCUAUGCCUUUCAUUGUGAUAUUUUGUCUGGUACUUUGUCAAAGGAAAAAUGGGUGUCGGCUUCAGUGGCAGUGUGCUGGACUGAGAAAUCAGUUGAGUUACUAAUUAAAGGUUGGGGAGAUUAGCAACAUGGCUGUAUAUGCUGUACAACACAAAGGUGAAAGAACAACGCCAGCAAAAGAGUGUCUCUCUUUAGUAUCUAUGUCACUGCCCUACUGUAAAAACACUAUACACUAUGUAGUGACAGACUCAAUAGCCCACUGCCGCUCAAAUCUGUGCCCUUUCUCUUCUGUUUUAGAUUUUGGUUUGGUUUUGUUGCCCAAGUAUUAAGGGAUUAAAUGUAUUUUACAAAUAA